CGUGGUCCGUCGCCUUGACGACCUGGGCAAGAUGGCGACGCUACAGGGCGGGCUUCUGGGGCAGGACCCCGGGGCGCUAAGCCCCGCGCAACAGGAGCAGCUACGCAACUUCAAGAUUCAGACUCGGAUUGCUAAUGAAAAAUACCUGAGGACCCACAAAGAAGUAGAGUUGCUCAUAAGUGGUUUCUUCAGAGAAAUAUUUUUGAAAAGACCAGACAACAUCCAAGAAUUUUCUGCAGCUCCAGCAGAUGCUGCCUCUGAUUCACAUUAUGCCGGGUGUAUAAAAACCGUCCUCUGUCGUCAUCGUGUGAGAGCCUGGCUCUCCUCUGAGAGGAUAUUCUCAGAGAGGAGAGGGCGUGAGAGCUCAGAGACAAGCUGGCAAGCUGAGCUGAGACGAGAAUAACACUUGGCAUUUAUUUGGGCCCCAGGAUGGGCCGGGAGCAGCAAACCCAGAGAUCCCUCAGCCCUCUGAUGGCUCCCCGUGCGUCAGCAAGCUGAUGAGCUGCCGGCUGGUGUGGCCGGGCCCGGAGCCAUCCUGUGUCAGCCCCUCCCGGGAAGGCGGGAGCUGGCAGGCUCAGCACUACUCCGGGCGGAGAUGGCGACCACGGGAUCUGCUGUGACUUCUGUUACUUGUUGGAAAGCAGGGCCCCCAGGAACAGGCCUGCUGAGGCUGAGCCAGCCUCGCUUUUGAGCCGAGCGAGCGGUCUCCCUCCCCGCCUUCUCCCCUUGGGUUUAGAUAAUUUCUUCUUUUCGAUUCUCA